UUAUUCCUGAUAAUAAUAAUAUAUAUAAGAAAAUAUCUGACUCAGCACCUUAAGACACUUAAUGAUGUUUGUUUUUUUCCCCUUUAAUUUGGGUUAAUACUUUACUCAUGUUAAAUUCAUCCUAGCAACUUAUCAUUAAAAGACAGUUAAGCAGCUCUUUCCUGCAGCAUGAGCUUUUUCUUUUUUUUAUGCGAAAGAAAAAACAAAACAAAACAAACCAAACCCGCAUACUAGCCUCUCGCACUAAACAGUAUGCUGUAAUGGUAAACAGCGCACUCUUUUACAAUACUACUUAGUACGUUAGUAUGCAGUUUCUCCUGCGUACUAGGCUUCUGGAACGGCUGUGACGUCACUUGGUUACACUGUUGAUGGCAACCAGCAGAGAAAAUGAAGAACUCGUUUAAUUCGAGUUUCAUUAGAGCUGAAUUAAAACAUUAAACAUUAAACAUGGACGCUGAGUGUUUAGACGCGGGGAUAAACAUGGACCAGCAGCAGCCUGAUAAAAACACCGACGUGAAAACAAGCGACGUUUACAGAGUGAAUGAAAAUCUGCCAAAACGUUUCAACAAUCCCGAGUGCUUUAAAGGCUACAGUAAGAAGAUGGUCCACCCACUGUACCAAACAACCAACCAGAUAUACGGCAGCAAAAAACCUACAGUUCAUGAAAUGCCGACAACCUUUCAUGGGAGUCAGCGCAAGUUUUCAGACCACAUCCUGAAGAGAGGAAUGUUUCGAGAUAACGGCUUCAACACAUCGCUGGAGCAGAGUCGAAUCACCGGGCCUAAUACUGUCAACACGUUCCACGACAGAAUCUGCUUCCAUCAUUUAUACCGCACUGGAGGAAACGAUCAAGCAGAGAUUAACAUGAUAUGAGACUAAUGCAUUGUUUUGCCCUGUAAUUAAUAAAAAUGGCAUUUUAAUGAAGUUAA